AAAUCGCUUUAUGAUUGUUGUUUGUGCUUGUGUGACACAAGUCACCAUCGCGCCUUCUCAUAUUGAUAUUGCCAGGGCUAGGUGGUCGCUUCCUCUACCACAUAUAAAGGUCAUGAGCCCUCCCUGCUGCUUCGCGACGUCUGCUUCCUUGCUUACCACCUCGACAAUGACACUGACAACAUUUUGGACUCUUGGAGAUUCUCUGGGCUUGUCCUGAAUCCGAAACUCAUCAAACACGUUCGUUCGCUUCAUCAAUAUGCGUCUCCUGCUCCUGCUCAUUGCUGCCUUCUGCGGUGGCAUUUCCGCUCUCCCUUUCUUUGACGCCAUUGAUCAUGCAGUCAGCGCAGUUCACAAAGCCAUCCACCCCAGACAGAACUGUACCUGCCCUGGCAAUCUCCCAGAGCUACCUGACUUCGAAUUCCCUCACCUGAUCAUACCAAUCUCAGCCAGCAACCCGAAAACCGCAUACCCAGACACUUUGGUGCCAAACAUUACAGCUGGUGACGUUUCGAACAUCUUCAACUUUGAUGUCCCGGCAGAGCGCAGCGGCCAGACUUGCACCCUCGAGUUUCUCUUUCCCACUCUGGAUCAAUUGAGCUCGUCCUACUUCAAGCUCGACGGAUUCGGCACAUUCAGCUUCUCCCUGUCCGCUAUGGGCAAUGGUGCAGUCGAGGGAAACACGACUUAUGACAAUCAACCGAUGGGAGGCGACCCACAUGGCUUUCCUUGUUCGAAGAGUAUGCAACCAGGCAACGCAUACUCCUUAGGAAGCACUCUUUGUGUACCAGGAAGAAUAAGUGUCACCAUGAGCAGCACAGACAGCAGCCUUGAAUGGUUUCAAGACUACAAUCCAUGUCCUAUUGGUCUCUAUAUGACGUACUCACCAUGAAGACCGGGUGCUGUCGAGAGAUGAGAGCCUUGUGAGCGAGAAGCGGGGACAUUGCUGCACGGCUUCAAAUUGUUGGCGGCAUGAGAUCAGUAUUGUAGAGGUCAGGAGACUUUGGAAGAAGUAUGAGGGAGCGUUUCACUAGGUUGCAUUUCCUUAGCGAGUCCAGUCACCGUUGUUGACACGGUCAGGGAGGUUAUUCUUGUAUGGGAGUCGUAUGCUAUGAGUACCUAUCCGAGCUUGAUUCUGGUCGUUCAAGCAGAGCAUGUAUUAAACACACUUCUCUUUUUCAAGCCUAGUGUACUCAUUGGAUACUCCUUGUAUCUGCACCAGAAGUCUGUGCCUUACUAGUAGUCAGUGUAGGAUGAGAUAGAUAUGUGGGGGUAAGUAAUGCUGGCCACCCUCAUGAUAGAAGUCGUGGCUAAAAUAGGGAAGGCGCAGACAAUGCCCCUAGGCC